AUCGCACAAUGAGCACAGACACGGUAGGAGUAGAACAGGGAGAAGGCGGUGAUCGGGUGCAUGGCUGCAUCCGGCCCAUCCACCGCCAGGCAGGAAUGAUUGGCGCCGGACACACAAUUGACUGUGGGACGCGAGAGGAUAGUCUUGCAUCCCGAAUCCUGCAGUGUCGCCAACAAUACCCACAAUCAAUCUUGCUCUGUGCCUGCAGCUAUGGCUUCCUGCGCUCUGCUCCUCUCCACCUCGCUCCUGCCCACCUCUCCCGCCGACUCCACUUCCUUCUCUCACCGCGCUGCUGAUGGCGUCACCCCUGGAGCCCUUCGUAUGGUCGCGUCGUCGCGGAAUGGUGUAGCGAGCUCCAGCGGAUCUUUCGAGCAAUUCUCAUCGACGACCCGAAUGGGAUUUUCGGGCGCGAGGAUUACAAGGAGAGGAGGAGUGGUGUGCGAGAUGGCCGUCGAACUGGGUGGGUCGAGGUCCAGCGAGGGAGAGAAGAAGGUGGAGGUGGGGACGAAGGUAAGGGUGAAAGGGUCGUUGAAGGUCUACCAUGUGCCCAAGAACCCGGAAUUGGACAUCGACGGGCUGGAAGGGGAGGUGAAGGAGGUGGUGACGACGUUCAAGGGCAAGCCCGUGUCGGCGACGUUCCCUUACAAGGUGCAGUUGGUGACGAUGGGCGAGGAGAGCAGGAAGUUCUUCGUGCAUUUGAAGGACGACGAAUUCGAGGUUUUGGACUGAAACUGGACUGGGUGCGGGAACUUGUGGUCUUGCUCCAGGUGGAGCUGCUUGUGUAGGUUAAAGUAUUGCCGAUGGAAGAGAACUCGGAAGCGAUGGACUCUUUGCUGCCAAGAGCUAACACUCGGUUGUACCUUGGUGUGAUGAAACGUAGAUGUGGUGCCUGCGCAAUGUAAUUUUGGAUUUCUUGUAUUCUGUGAGAAAGAAACGAUGGACAUUUUUUUUCACAUGCA